GUUUCCCCUUAGUUAUGUUUUCACAAGGAACAGAAAAUGGGAUGGUUGAUGUAAACAAACUGUAAAUUAAGCUAUUAUGCGGUUGGUUUGCACUUGUGGAAGACGAAAUCAUGAAAAGGUCUAAAAAUGACCAUAUUCGCUCAACAAUCAGCCGAUACUUCAAACGAAGGCAAUUUACAGUAAGUCAUAAUUUUCACCUGAAUCUGGGAGGAUUUGUGAUGAGUGAGUGAUGAUAGUGGUGACACUCAACCUGCUGAAAACGGGUGCUCACGUCUGCUGAUACUUCGGGUAUGAGAGCACUUUGUAGAUCCACGCACUAGACAAAACAAGCGAAGGGAUGCCUUUAUAUCUAUAAUUAACACGAUUUAAUGUGUGAAGAAUAAAGUGGCCUUGGUCUAAUUAGACUAAUUAAAGUGAAUUUCUUUUAAAAUAAAAAUCAAUGCAAUAUUAUAAAUCAAUUCAAAUAUAUAAAGUAUAAAAGGCGGGUGGUCAUUCCCCCCUUGGAAUUUUUGGGUUUCCAGUGUCUUUAUUUGCUAUCGUGGUACUGGUAAUGCAAUAUGUGCAUUUUAACAAUUUACUAUGGAGACUAGGGAUGGUGGUGACCACUGGUUGUAGUCAUGGAAUGCUGUUUGUAUUGGCACUCUCAGAACUCAAAGAAAAAUUGAAUACUUUUCAUUAGAAAGAGUCAGGUUACCAGCCUAAUAACAGCCGAUAAUUGGCGACAUAGUUUUUUACUUCAAAUUUUGUUUGCAGACUAAUUAUUGCUAGUAAUAGUAUAAAAUAAACAAUACCAUAUUUCAGAUGUUUUGUCAGGAAACAUUCUACAAACGUAUGACCCAACGCCAAAAGCAUUGUAUGGUUUGCCUAGUGUGACAAUUCAAUAGUGCAGAGAUAACUUAUUAUUUUUAUCUCUCUUGCAUAUUCUUUUUUUUUUCUUCUUCUUUGAAACAAAAAAAAUUAUUUCGGGAGAUGAUGCUGAUGAAGAUGCUGAUGGAAAUCGCUAUCUUCGUUUUAAAAAAAAUAAAAUAAACAGAGCAUAAGACUUUACAAAAUAUGGAUACGUCACCAAUUAUUGGUGGCUGUUAGGAUGGAAGCCGGACACUUUCUAACUAAUAGUAUUCUAUUUUUAAUUUUGGACCGCGGUUCUCAGGAGUGCCGCUGCAUUAUAUAUCUGAGGAUAAAUUAAAGAUGCUAUACCGAUACAGAAUUAUCUCUAGCAAGCUCUGUGCAGAAAGAUUCAGUUUUUACUUUUAUAGGUUUCAUUUAUUUUGUCAUUUUUUAAACUCAUUUUCAUAAUAAUUAUACUCAACACACUAAUUGUUUAUAAAGAAAUUAUCUUUACCUACAUUCUCCUAUAUUUGUUUUUAAAUUUGCACUCUGCCCUUUGUUUUGUAUAUCAAUAGUUAAAUGUAAUCUUUGCUAUGUAUGUAAAACAACAGGGUUAAAAUCUGUGUAUAAAGGAAAUUAAUUAUGUGUUAAGAACAUUCAUUGGUUGAUAUUUUUACAAAUUAGGCUUAGCUAAUGUGGGGUAGGGAGCAUUUCACUUUACCCAUCGCUUAUUAUGCUUAGGGCUUUGUGAGCAUCUCACGAUACCAAACCUCUGCCAGAAACAAUGAUCGGUGAACUUUUUAAGCCAUUAGCCCAAAAUAUAUUGGUUUAUGCUGACGUUAAUGCGUAAAUGUUGUUAGCACCACCACCUCGCCCCCCACAAAACCAUUUGAAAGGAAGGAUAUUUUUAAAUUCAAAUUCUUUUAUUUAAUCUAUUUAUAUUGAAAAUACAUUUAUGCAAUAAAAAGCCCAACAUAAGUUCUACUAAUAAAUUACUAUAAUAUUUAUUAAAGAAUAAAUUUAACUUCUAAUAUUGUAGAAAUGAUGUUUCAUUUUGAUACAGUGACAACGAACUGGGGCUUUUUUUUAUAUAUAUAUUUAAGAGCAAUUUGGAUACUGUAGGUAUGAUAAAAUAAUUGAUUUCCAAGUUUUGUUUUUAAGUUCAUUAGAGAGCAAAAUCCUAUUCAGCAAAGGUAGGUUGCUGCAAAGUGCAGCAAAUUUUUGACUGCCUCCUUGCAAGCAGUUUUGAAAGCCUUUGGAAGCUGAUUGUAAUCAUUAGAGUCACUAGGGGGGUUCAGGGUUGUGGACUACACCUGAUGACACAUUCCUGGGGGGAAGACACAUUUUAAUAAAUAUAUUUUAGUGUUAAUAAAAAAAGAGUUGUAAUCAUUAGUAUCUGAAUCUUAUGCCUACUUACUAACCUAAACCUGUUGCAUGUGAAUGCUCGGCUCUACUCGAUAGUAUAGUACCAUACUGGACAGAGUAACUUCAAAUGACAGUUGAGUGCAAACUUACAAGGCAAUCUGUACUAGAGCUUACCAUCUUUUCAUUUCUUGUUUACAAUGAAACUCAAAGAGAGGUGCUUGCUUACAUUGUUCUGUUUCCUUAUUAUGAAACCAAAAAACAUGUCAACCCAUUCCCACCUAUUGCUGUGUUUUAGUGCCUUGCCAAUUCAUCAAACACACCUGCUAAUCACACUCCUUGUAUGGGCAUUUUGCCAUUUCAUGGUCAUUUAGGGAGCCUUUGUUUAUAGAGUAAAUUUACAAAGUUUACUGCUGUAUGAAAACUUCAGUGAAUUUAAAAAAAUAUUAGCUCAUUUAACUGAGUUACAGUCAACAAAUUAGUGUAAAUAGCCAUUAUCUUGGGCACGAAUUUUUAAAAUUUAAAUAAUUUACCUAAAUAGGAAAGUGAAAUGCCCUCAAGAAAAGAUUUGCAGCGGGAGCAAGGUGUCAAAGACAUGUCUGUUAGACGAAGGACGCGCUCACGAACAAGUGUUGACAAUGCCCUGUCAUUAAGUAGCAUAUCAGGAGACGCUACUGCCUGUGAUCAGCAGUUCACAAGGUAGGCUAAAUGAAUGUAUCCAAAGUAAAUAACGGUGUCUGAAAUCUUCAGAUUUUUUGGGUUUUUUUAUAUUUUAUGAUUAGAUUUUUUUAAAGGUUGCUCUUGAUAUUUUAUUUAACAGUAAUUUUUAUUCUAGAAGGUAUUGUUCAUAAUGAUAGAUGAAUUAGUCGAUGUUAGUCUUGAAUGGUGAUCGAAUUGUUUUCUGAAAUGAUACAAUUAUCUGAAUUUUAAAGUAUAAGAUACAAAUACAAUGACUUUGAAAGAAGGACAAGCAUAUUAUUCAGGCAAACAUUUUAUUAUCUCAAGCAUAUAAUUGAGGCAGACAUUUUAUUACCUAAAGCAUAUAAUUCAGGCAAAAAUUUUAUUAUCACAAUGUCAGCAUGCUAGUCAGAGUUCAAAUGGCAAGGAAGAUGUCAGAUAUAUAACAUUAUUUUUUCAAGUAAAAAAUAUAUGAGCGUUAAGACCUGGCCUUAAAAUUGAUUUGCUUUUCAAUUAAUCUAGGAUGAAGGCGUUCAUAACUGGAGCUGUUGCACCUUACUGUACAGAGUUACAACCCCUUUUGUUUCCAAUGUUUGCCCAUACUUUUUUAGAAAUGUUAUGCAACGGACAGAAAGUGCCUGGUAAGAAGUCACUAUUGUUAUGAUAAACUGUUUUAACUAUGUGCAUAUACAUGGAGAUGAAAUCUUUACAUUACUGGCUGAGUAGAUAUCAUUAUAACAAGACCUUAUGUUAGACUCAACUCUACACAUUGAUUUACUGAUUAUAACUUUUAGGCCACAAAAGAUGUUUUAUUUUAAUGUGUGCAAUUUUUUCUUUCAAAAAUAAAAUUGGUCAUAGGCUUUUUAAAUUUAAAAGUAUGAUUUUUUUAACAUUAGCCCAGAAGUUUCACGAGCGUCACUCAGACACAUUCAAAGAGGAGAAGUACCAGGCAUUUAUCAAGGUCUUAAAGAAACUUGAGGCAAAGAGUGAUGUGCUCACAACUAAAGAAGUCAUCGAGUUCAGGCUAGUGGUGUUUUGUUUUACUAUAGUAAUUUUCAGUUACUGGUAAAUUGAGAUUUUUUUUUUUGUGAUUUUUAAAAAAAAGCUUUUAAAAUAUUUGGGAUUUUUAGGUACUUUUGAGAUUUUUUUUUUUUUACUCUUUAAACCAUUUGGCGUUUUUCUUUGUCACACCUCUCAAUGUUGUAGCAAACACUGGUAUAUGUAAAAUCUGGUGUGCUGACUCUUCGCAUAACCUACCUCCACCAGUCAGAUCGAAAACCUUAUAUAUUUAUCAGCACUAAGAUAUGAGGUCCAUUGUUUAGAAUGCAAACAUUAGUAAUUAGCUGUCAGUAGUACCGGGCAUCAAUGAAAUUUCUAAGUCAACUAUUUUAUUCUACAGAGAAAAUCGUCACACUUUGAAUGUAAGUGAGGAAGCUCUAGACUACCUGAUGAGACACUUAAAGGUACAUACUUAAAGGCAUACCUAAAGUAUUUCUUUAAAAAGUUCAUUUACUUAAACAAUGUAGAAGAUAAUUUUUUUUUCUAACUGGUUUCUACAAACCGUAUCUAAAAAAAGCUCUUAACCACAAAACUAAUUUCAAAUUUUGUUGUUGUAACCACAGCUUAAUUCAUAGCCUUCAUGUAGAUUAUUAUAAAAAUAGUCCUGUAAAAUAGUUAGUGGUUCUAUUGGUGCUGUACAAUACAUAGAAUAAUGUUGGAUCUAUGAAAUUUUAAUACUAUACAUAAAGAAUUCAAGCCUCAUUUUUUUUUAUAAAGAACAUUUAAAAAAAAAUAAGUUUCUGUUAAAUUACAGUUAUUUCAGACCAAUGUCUUGUUUCCAAACUGCAUAUGUAACUGUAUUUGUAUUUUUAUUGUCUUUGAACAGACAGAGGACAAUAUGAUCAUGCUUCAGAUGUUUAACCAGUACAUAAAGACCAAUGGUAAAUUCUUUGUAAUUCUUUCAUUACUGCACAACCAGCAUGUGCCACCCCUAAACUGAAUAGAUCAUGCAGGAUAUGUCUAACUACUGUCAAUCUCAAAAAGACCAGUCAACACUGAAAAAUAAUAUUACCCCAUAUACCCGUUCUAAAGUCUGUUCUUUCAUAAGCCCUAUUUUUGGCCAGAUAAAAACCUGAAAAGUGUGUAACCAGCUCAUAAGCAAGCCACAUAUAAUAAUAUGCUAGUGUAAGCAAUACAGUUCUAAUAAAAUGAAACAUUUUCAGCUGAGAUUUUUUUUUUUUACUUUAAAAAAAUGUUUUUCUAGGGAAAUGUGUGAGUGAGAAAUGGGGGAAAAUGUAAAUGUAAACUUUUUAAUAAAAUUAAUUUUUGUUUUAUUUUUCAUUAUUUCAUUUUGAACAAACUUCCGUUUCAUCAAACCUCUGCAGAGACUAGAUUUAACAUACUAUUAUUAUUAUUUUGAUUAGUAAUUAUCAAAGCGGACGGAGGGCUGAUCAAUGGACGGAUAGAAAUGGAGGCACUGCCAGAAGUUUGUGAUGAAUCUCAGUUGGACCGAAACAAUCAAACGGCUGAUGGGCUGGCCACCCUUGAUAAACCUCAUCCAGAGUUAACCCUUGAGGAAGAGUUGUCUGCCGCUAUAAAAGCCGUUAGGGAGCUACCUCCCUGUCUUCCAUCCAUAUGUUUUUUUACCUUUUUAAAUACAUACCAAGGGUGAGUAAAGACACAUCUGUUUAAUGAUUAGAUCAAUUAUAUGUUGGCGAUGAAUUGUUUGUUCUUGCCUGUAGUUGUAAGAUUUUUUUUAAUCAUGUUAGGAGACUUGAAUAUACCAAUUUUUUUUUUUUAAGUUUAACACCCUCCUUACUAAACUGCUCUCAAAUGCUUGACUGCAUAUUGGUUUUAUUUUAUUUAAAUAGGAAAUACAUAGUGUAUAAUAUUAAAAAUCAUCAUUUCAUAUUUUAUCACAGCGGUGUAGUAUAAUUUUGCAUGAUAUUAAAUGUUGAAGAAUUUUUUUAAAAGGCUUAUGGUCUAUAGCCGCGGUUCUCAACCUGUGCGUUUUGACCCCUUUGGGGGCCGAAUAACUCUUGCACAGGAGUCGCCUAAAACCAUUAGAAAAUGCAUAUUUAUGAAGUAGCAAUGAAAAUAAAUUUAUGCUUGGGGGUCACCACAACAUGAGGAACUGUAUUAAAGGGUCGCUGCAAAGAAAGCUUGAUAACCACUGGUCUAUGGUAUUAUUCGAGUAUAUAUUUUUUCAAUUGAAAUAUCUGAAGCUGAACAUUGGUACAUAUUGACAAGUUCAUUGCCAUCACCUGGGCCUGCCAUGGGCUUUAAGUUAUACUGGUGCUGGUACUUAUGCUAAGUUUAAUUCAAUGUCACCUUCAGGUUAGGAGGCCCCAGGUGCAAAUAGGGAGCGCAAAAUAUGUCAUACCAGGUCCAUAUUUCUGAAGGGUUGGAGCCAAAAUUCAUGACAACGUUUGUCAGUAUUGGUCAGUCCCCUAUAUUUAACCAAAAAGCCAAUCCUUAUUUAUUUUCAACACAACCAGAUUAUGUUCAGCAAAUAUAUCAGGCGACAAGAAGAAACUCAGCGGCUGUUUUGAAGAUUCCAGUAUUUCUGUGUGGAACCUGGAGCCGGACGUCUUGACAAGAUCCUCUGCUGAUUGUGAUGUCAGCAAGAUUGUUCUGUCUGCCGAUUACAUCCACUGCACAGAGGCAGAGAUUAAGGAGAAGCUGGCACAAAAGUAAGUGCACCCCUUUUUCAGUCUGCUGCACCCAAAAUGAGCCGUGUCUCCCCUUGCCUUUUUUUUUGUGUACUUUACCAGGUAUUGUAGCUACUACUACUACUUACUUUACCAGGUAUUGUAGCUACUACUACUCAAGGUUUUGCUUUUGUUUGGGUUUUUUUAUUAUUAUAUUAUAAACAUUGUCAAGCAUCCAAGGAGUGAUUUCAAAUGUACUCAGGUGUCCCCUGUUCAUGGUUGCCAAGUAGUUUUUCAUUUUAAAAAAAUUUGGUCUCCAGCUUCAUGUGUGAGAAUUUUUUUUUUAAUCUUCUAAAGUCACAUUUGCCUUUUUAAAACAAAAUUAUUGAGAAAAUUAGUUUAGUAUUUCUUUCUUUGAUUUUGUUUUAUUUUCAUUAAAAAUAAUUUAUUAUAAUAUAAUAUAGAAGAAGUAUUUUAAUAUUCUAAGUGUCAUACAUAAUUUUGUUCCUUUUUGAAACAUUUGAUGCAUUAAACCAUGUAAAUUGUGUAACAAAUGAAGCAAUGUUUUUGUAAUUACUCAAUAGAACCCUUUCUUAAUCAGUUACGUAAAUGAAAAUAAAGAAAAUUGUUUGAGAGCUCCUGCUUUUUUAUUUGAGCAGUUACGGGAAGUAAUAUUAAUGAAUUACAAGCUUGUGUGUACAGUAAUGACUGAACAGUUGCAGGAAGUAAUAUUGAUAAAUAACGAGCUUUUGUGUACUGUAACUGUAAUUCAUUUUUUAAUUUAUACUUGAUUAGAUCAAACCAAAGCGCGGAGACAGCCAAGCUUCUAGGGCAUCGUGGUCCAGUCUACAAGAGCAGAUUCUUGGCAGACUCAAAAUCUUAUCUUUUGUCUUGCUCUGAGGACUCCACAGGUGAAACAUAAAAUAUUUUUAUAUUACAUAUUUUUAUAUUUCUUACUUAUCCUACUUAAUAACUUCAGAAAAAUAGAGACCCAUCCAUAUUUUAAAUUCAAUAUCCACAAAAAUGGUGUAUUUUCAUAUCCCUCCCCCUGUUGCACCUGUAUAUUUUGGACAACCCUCCCCUCCCCAUGUGAACAUAAAAAUUAGUUUUUUACCCCCCCCCUUUCCCUAUCAGUCACUCUAAUCACUGUAUAUAGACAAGUAUGUCCCCCUGUUGCACCUUGAUAUUUUGGACAACCCUCCCCUCCCCAUGUGAACAUAAAAAUUAGUUUUUUACCCCCCCCCCCUUUCCCUAUCAGUCACUCUAAUCACUGUAUAUAGACAAGUAUGUCCUACAAGGCAAUGAAAUGAGUAAGCUGGUGUUAAUGAAUUAUGUCACAGGUUUUCUCUCCAAAUUACAUGACAGGCAUAAUACCACGCUUUGGAUUAAUGUUGUCUUGCUAGGCUAAAUAUAACUGUUGCAGUAUAUUGUUUGUGAAACCCAAAGCCACAGCACCAGUAAGAGAAUAAUUAUGAAACAUUGAGGCUUUAGAAAAUUCCAGAUUACUAGAAAUAUAGAAAUAAUGGAUUUCACAGAGAUUUUAAAGGGACAGUUUGCUGCUUUAGAGAUAUACGUACCGGCUAGUCCGAGAUAUACGUAGCGGCUAGUCCGUUUUUUGGAUAAUUGUUGCAGACAUUAUGUUAAAUGUAAUUACACAUUUUUUCCAAACAUCCCCCCUUGCUCAUGCACACCAGUAUGCAAAAUCAGCGCGCACGCACACACACACACACCCCCCCACCCACCCACCCCCCUGUUUUUUUUCCCUCCUCAUUGGGUACAAAUGCAUAUGAAUUUAUGUUUUUUUAAUACAAUCUUUAUUACUUUUACUUAGUUUUAUUUCAGAUUCAAACAGUGGAAAAUAUAUGAUACAAAAAUGAUACGCACUCUUUUGCAUGAAUAAUGUAUUUUCAAGGACUGCAUCAUAAUAAUAUUACUCUGCUAUGUUUUAUUGUUUCAGUUAGAUUAUGGAACAUGUCUAGUCAAACUAACACCUCUAUCUACAAAGGUCACAGUUCAGCUGUUUGGGAUAUGAAUAUAAGGUAAAAUUGCAAGUCAUGGAUUUGUAGUGGAAAAAUACUUUCUCAAUGAACUUUGUCAUUUGUUGCUCAAACAAUGACAAUUCAAUAUGAAAACUUCUGAAGAUCUAUUGGUCAACAUUGGGAAUUCAUGGGAAGUUACUAAUUAGAUGUCAAAAAGUGAUGACAAUUAUUUAAGGUGCACAUUAUCAAUUAUUGUCACUGAACUUCAUAGUCAUUUUUCCAAUGCCACUCUGGAUUACUUAGGAUUUGCUCAGAAAUGCAAUUAAUUUUUUUUAAAGUUAAGACAGCUUGCGUAUAGAAAAUAUAAAUGUCACAAGCUGUAGACUGCCAAACAAUGGCGGCAGCAAUGUGUUAAUUUGCCAUCCAAUAAAGCUACUUGACUUUUCAUGUAUUCAAGGAAUGCAUUUGAAACUGGACACUUUUUUCCUGCCCCUGAACUAUAUUAAUAUUCUAAUGUCCCACCUCCUUUUAUACUGCCGAUUUAUAACACCAUUAUAAAUUGAGACCAUUUCCUUAAAGCAAAAGAAAAUAUUACUUAUCAAACGCACUUGUGGUAUUUUUAAGAACCUCAUUUAGCGCAGUUAUCCGGAAUAUUAUUUAGUGAAAUCAGCUCCAUUUGCAGACCUACCAACCCUUCCGAUUUUGUCUGAAUUAUAUGGAUUUUUUACACCCCCUCCCCCGACUAACCCCCUUAAAAUUCUGAUUUUUUCAAAUUUUAUGAUUUUUCACCCGUAAUGAAAAUCUGAAAGCGAAGCGACAAAGAAAAAAAAUCGGGUAUGACAGGAAGUGUUGCAUUUGUUUUUUUACAAAGUGCAUACAUGUCGGUCGACCAGGAUGAAUAAGUGAAUAAAUUAUCAAGAUAUUUGUCCGGCAAUUAUUUAUUGGACAAAGCCACAUAACCACUGUUACAAACUUGCGGGAGAUAUUUGUCUGUCAACCUUGUCAUGUCGUCAGCCUUGUUAUGUGACCGCUUAUUGUCAGUUUACGGUACUUCAUUUCAACAAAUUCAAGAUAGUCUGAGCAUUUACACGAAAAAGAAAUAUGUUCAAUUCUACAAAAGAAAUACUAGAACCAUUGCUAGUAUAUAUAAUGAACAAUAGAUUAAAAAGUGACAAUGUUUUUUUAUAAAGAAUGGCAUGCUCGCCGGAUGAAUAUGUCCCGCACUAUUUGUCCGGUCGCCUGACGUGUAGACACUGCCUUGUUUUUAUCAAAGAUAACCGCGAUCUUCAAAUCAUUCUUUAAACAUCAAUUGAUCUGAUCGCAAUUCAUCCUUUUUACAAGGCUACAAAAUAAUUCAAACUUUCUUUUUUGUUGAAGCUUUUCUUAAUUAAAUGAUUAAAUCUAUUGAAAGUGAUGGGUACAAUGAUAUUAAUAAACAUUGAAGGAAAUAUUUCUCUAGCCAACUCCGAUUGUUUUAAUGCCAGAGUCAAAGAAAUGUUUCCAGGCUUGCAGAUUGCUAGAAGAUUUUAAAGAAAAAUUACAAUGAAACAAGGGCAAUCAUGAAAGUUGAUACUUUUUCUAACUUGCUUGUAACUUAAAUCAGUUGCAAUGCUAACCUUCAGUUGUCUAAAGAGCUGUUGGACAAGUGCAAAAAGGCCACUAGUGAUAUGCUGGAAAACUGAACUCGUACAAAGACUACUAAGAGUCAAGUGUCUUAGCAGCCUUUGUGUGUAACAUAUUUACAUAUGUAAAUAAAAUGGAUCUUCUGUUCUGUACUGUAUAUAUCUGUAUAUAAACUUUCCAGAUCUGUUCUUCUCAUGUUCUGUGGUGUUCUGUGGACUCUUCAAAGACAAUGGAGUUAACUUUAUAUUUCUUUAUUUACUAUAUAAAAAAAAGGCUUGUGCAUUAGUAUAUAGAUCUUAAACCAACCCCCCCAUUGGGCGCCACCCUUGGGGGCAGCAGCCCCACUUCCUCCCUGCGUGCAACCCCCCUACAGAUUGGCAGGUCUGCAUUUGGUAGGGUUAGUGACAUUGUUACAUAGAGAAUUAUGUGUUUUGAUAUUAGGAUUAUUUCCUUACAUAUUUUAAAUAUGUCAGUACUCAUGAAUAUUUGCAAGAAGAUUCAAUAAAGACUGAGUGAGUAUGUGCACAUUUAUCAAGCCUCUUUCCAGCAAGCAGCCAUUUGGAAUCCAAACAACAUCCCCACACAGUGCUUCAAUAAUCAUAAUUACAAUUUGUGAAUUAUUCGUCACUUCUCAGUUCAACAGAUGUUUGGUUUGCUAGCUGCUCUCAUGAUACUACAGCGAAGCUCUGGACCUUUGACAGAACAUUUCCCCUGCGAUCAUUUAUUGGACACACAUUUGAUGUGGAUGUAAGAAGAAAUUUGUAUAUGUCUAUCUUAAACUUGACUUUCUGUCCCAGUAAUCAGAAACAAAGAAUUAUUUAAUCUCAGUGAGUUCCGGUUAUUAAAAUAUGUUACAAAUCCGUAAAAAUAACACAGUUAUACUAAAGCACAAUUAUCGGAGGACACAUUAACAAUUUCAUUUCAGUGCAUUGAAUUCCAUCCAAACAAUAAUUACAUUGCUACUGGAUCAGGGGACAAAACUGUUCGCUUUUGGUGUAUAUCAGAAGGUCGGACAGUUCGUUUACUUCAAGGACAUCGAGGCUCAGUCCUGGCAUUAGCAUUUUCUCCAGACGGCAAGCUUUUGGCUUCUGCAGGUACCACCAUAUUUUUUUUUAAUGUCUCCAAGUUUAUAACUGUACUCUAUCUACUUCACUUUCACCUAUGCAAUUUGAAACAGUACAUCAUUUUAUAAUGAUAAGGAUAAUAAACAUAUUAUCACAAUAUUUGAUAAAUGAUACAAGUACUAGUUAGUAUCAUGCUAUUUUUUAUCCGGGUAAAUAAAAAUGUAUGUUUAAAAAAAAUUGCAAUUUUUUUUUUUCUUUCAAGUAUUCUAUUCUUUGAAUCUAUUAAAAAAAUGUACCUUGAGGCCAAAAAUAAAUAUUUCUACCAAAAUAAUAAUACAGUUCAUUUCAAAAACACGCUUCAUCCCUUACUACAAAUUUGACUGAUCGAAUGAAAAUUAUUGUGAAAUUUACAUAAACUAAUAGGUGAAGAUCGACGGAUUCGUGUAUGGGAUCUUGGGACAGGUAAUGUCCUCAAAGACUUAAGAGGUCAUACAGACACUGUUUUUGCCCUGGCAUUUGAUGAAAACAGCUCAUUAUUGGCAUCAGGAGGUUCUGACUGUUGUGUACGAUUGUGGGAUGUUAAGAGGACCACCGACACACAUCAGUAAGUUCAUCAUUCAUUUUUUUUUUUGCUUGGAAUCAUUACAGCAAGAUUGUAAAGCGGUCGACAUGUGUUAGAAUUAGUCAAACUAUCAACGUUUGACUUCUAUGUAUCUCUUACGUAUCUUAACAAAUUAUUCAGUAUGAUGCCAUGAACAAAAUGAGUUAUAAUAGAAAACUGACUAGCAUGUGGUGCGAAAGUAAUGUAAGUGUAAGCUAAAUGAAACAACAAAGUUCUGAAAAUAAUAAAGUACUUGUAGCGAGUUGAGUUAACUUAGCAGGCUAGAUACCUUUGGUUGUUAUCAUAACUCUUCUUUUUUCAAUUAAUAUCGGCUUUCAUCACUCACAAUAGUUAGUGAGUACAGAGUAGCCGAAGUUUUAUUUUAUGGAUCAUUUCUGUACUGCCAUUAUUUAUUACAGUAAUGCUAAUUUAAGGUUUAACACGUACCAUUAUGUAUUUAAUAAAUGAAAGAAUUGGAAUGGAAGAAUGUGUAAUGAAAAUACUCAAACUGUAAUGCCACAAUGAUAUAAAUAUUUAUUGAAAUUAUAUGUGUAUGUUUGUAUUUGUAUAAAUAAGACUAAAAGUGGAACAAGAAGGCUUUUAGCUUAAACGUUCUUCUUUUAUUGUCCUGUCAUUUCAUUUCAUGCUAUAAAUAAAUAAAAUGGAAACUACUACCAAUGACCAACAAGGACUGGCAGACACACACACACACACACAUAUAUAUAUAUAUAUAUAUAUAUAUAUAUAUAUAGCAACACUGCUCCAUGUUUGAUUUUUGUUACCGUUGUGUUAAAGUUUAAGGGUUAGGUUUAUAUGAUAUUAAAUGUUAUGAAGCCUUCAGUUUUGAUCCAGUCGUCGUAACUACUGGUUCUCUAUACCUGCAGUUUUCAUUUUUCCCCAUUGGAUGGAACAUGUUUCUCAUUUUCUAUGGAUAAUUCCUAACUGUAAAAUACCAAGACUCAGAUCCGCCGGGGUUUGUUUCAAAGUACCGUACCCAAUAUGCCAUCAAAAAACUGCACCAGGCUUACCCCAAAUGACCUGCAGCUGAUUAAAUUAGCGAAUGUAGACUUUCUAAUCGGUAAAAUCCUGCCCAUUACCGAUAGUGUAUACCAGAACUGAUAAUUAGAGUAUCACUCAAGCAAUAUAUGAAUAAUACUUUGAAGUCGCCGAGAAAUAUAUUCAAUAUUGGAACAUUCAUAAAUUGAUAAUAAAUUAUUUUUUGUUCUAUUCUUUCUUGCAAAUAAUGAAUUCAUGUUUUCUCGCAAAGAACAGUACCAUAGAUUAUAGAAUAGGUAAGGAGCUCAAAGAAAGGCAUCAUCCGGCAUAAGUAUCGGUACUUGCCAAUUUGAUCAAUUAAAGGCACAAUGGCAUUUUGAAAUUUAUAUAUAUAUAUCUACCUUGUGCAAAUUAUAUUCCACAAUAAUUAAAAUAUAGUGGUAUAGUGCAGCGAUUCUUAAACUUUUAAGUUUGGCGGAAUGGUGGAGAAAUUUGUUUCCCAUUGCACCAGUGACCAGUGCCAGAUUUAUUUAUUAUUUUCUUUUUUAUAUGACCUUAUAUAUGUCUAAAAAAUAUUUUUUAAUCCUUUUUCAGCAAAUUUAAUAACUAUUACCGGUACCAUUUCAUGGUAGCCUCUAAUCAUUUUUAUUUUAUUUUUUUGUUCGGUUUAAAACUUAAAUAACUUCAAAAGCUGGGGGUUUUUUUCUUCAUAUUUACAACUAAAGCUUUCAAUUGAGAAUAUAAUUAUUAAUAAUAUAAAAUAAAGCAUAUGUUGUAAGUUGUAGUUGUAGGAAAAUUUUUUUUAGUUAUUUAAUGAGAAAUUUCGGCAUGCUUUUCAGUGACAAUCAAAUCAAUUGUUGGCUCGAUUGUAGACAGAGUUACAAACAAAGGAGAACUAAUAUCCAUUCUGUUCCUGUCCUUUGUCUUAACGCCCAUUGACAAAAAGCCAGAGAAGGAAAUGGGAGAGGAACUUUCAAGGCAAUUUCAGAAUAUUUGGCUUUGACAUGAAUCCAAAAAGUUGCUAAAAUUAAAAAUGAUAUCAUGGUGGUUAAAACCAUCUUCAAUGCUUUAUCGGCAGCUAACUGCAACAACUUAUCUUGCAAACUGGCAUUUAAAUCAGCUUUUGAUCCAAUAAAUGUAUAUCAUAUCCCUCCAGUUCUCAUCCAUGGAUCAUCUGCCAUUGGAAAGUAAAAAAACAAAGCGGUCAGUUAAGUGUUCAGUUAUGACCUUUUGUAGAGAUGUGUCAUCAAGAUCUUCCCACUGCAUCAAUGAUUGGUCCCAAGACAUGAAACAUAUCAAAAUAACUUUCGGACUCUUCCACAACUCUUUCAUUUAUGACCAUCAAUCUUGUCAGCCAUUUUGAAGCAUGAUGCCAUCUGUCCUUGCAUGGACGUGUAGAGCUCAUUUAAGCUGGCAAAGAUAUCUUCCAAGUAAUCCAUCCUGAUCUCUAAUCCACAUUUCCAAACAGUCCUGACCAAUCUAUUUUUUUUGUUCAGAAAUUCAGUAAGCUCCCUUUGCAAUUCCAAAACUCUUGAUAAAACUUUCCCUCUCCACAACCAACAUACUUGGGUAUGAAGUAGAAGUUUUUUUCUUCAGCCACCAUGUCAUCACAUAAGGCAGCAAAUAGUCUUGAAUUUUAAGUGUUUGCCUUCACAAAGUUCACAAUUUUUAAAACUUUGGUGAGAACAUUGUUCAGUUCUGUAGACAGUUCUUGGUGGCAAAGACUCUCACAGUGAAUGAAAUAAUAUGUUGACUUGCACUCAGAUGCUUUAAUUUGUGCAACCACCUUGGAAUGUAACACUACUUGGUGGGUUAUCACUUUAGGCAUGAUUUUGUAAUUGUAAGCUAAAAAAUUUUGAUUAAAUUUAAAUUGAUUUGACGUUUUGUGUGGUCUUUUAAUUCAAUUGAAAGUGAAAGGUUUCACAAUUUUUAAAAAUGUAUAGCAGUGAUUAGCAGAAACAUAGCAUAUGAAUAUUUUUUUGGCUGUCAAAUUGUGAGGGUGAUAGGUUAAUAUGAGCUUGGUUCGAUCUUCAUUGUUGUUUUGCCAAGGUUUAAAAGCGUCUUUUCGGGUGAUAUUACUGAUACGAUUGAGUCCCAAGACAAGAGUAUUUUCAGGAUGUGAUCUGGAGCGAAAGAAAUCCAUCAUUUCAUCAGCUUUUUCUAAAAAGUCUUCAUCAAGUUGGCAGUAGUCUAAGAAGUUGUGAGAAUGGAAUAAUAGAGUCUUUGCAUGAUUUGGCAUGAGAGGAUGAGUACAAUAGGUAGCUAUGUCUAUCAGUGGGUUACAGUAGACAGGUGUGAUUAAUCCGUUUUCUUUCAAUGUUAUCAUGAUUUCAUGAUAUCAAGAAAGUUGACAGAAUGUCCAGAGAUUUGGGAAGUAAAUUUUAUGGAUGGAUGAAAUGAGUUUAAAAAAUCUAUAAAUUUGUGAAGUUCAUUAGUUUCCAUGGAAGUGAUGCCAAUGCCGUCAUCAAUAUAUCUUAUAUAAAAUUCAAAUGUAUGGUUCUCAGCAUAAAUGUUUUGUUUGUAUUUCAGGGUUGAAGGCCAUUCAUCACCUGAACUUCUUGGUGCUUUCCCCACGAAAUCAGCUUUAAUCUCAUACUUGAGCUUUGCCCCAUACAAUGUUCUGUUGGCGGCCGGUGCUAGUUCCUGACGAAGUUUAGAGUGUAAAAAAGUAUUUUACAUUUACAUGUUGGAAAUGAAAUUGGAUGUUAUUAAUUUGUUGAAAUUUUUUAAUUAUGCAUAUGGACCAUACUAAACGAUCUGAACUUCAAAAUUAACACAUGUAGUUAAUGGGACGGUGCCAGUACCGGUACAAGAUACUUGGUUUAGCUCAUGUCUUUGAGAUUAUUAAUAGUGAACUACUCUGUGAAAUUAGUCAAUUAUGGUUGCAACAAAUUCUUUUUAAUUUUAAUAAUCAAAAUAUCAAAUAAAUUGUAAAACUAAAUCAAGUUUUUUUGCAAUAUAUGUAUGUCACAAUUAUGCCCCAUAUAAACAGUAAUAAAUGGGUCACUCUUGUUAAGCUUAUUUAUUAUAAGUAAUAACUAUUAUUUAUUAACUUUUAUUACUUGGUUCUCUUUUCCUAGUUUCUAAUAAUUCUUUUUGAUAAAUAACCAUGUAAUUAUUGUAAUUUAUUCGAGAAAAAUGAUUACAUGAAUCUUUAGUGGGGGGGUUUUUUAAUCUGAAAUACUCGAGUAUUACAUUUACUAUCAUUUUAGAUAGUGUUACUCGACUGUUUCGGAAUCAUAGUUGUCAAAAUAAAUACUGGUAACCCAUUGGCCCAUCACUCUUUAUUAAUAUUUUCAGUUGAGGUGUAUCAGAUUUGUUAGUUGUUUUUUAAUUACUAAGGGCGACUAAGGCAAAUUAAAAUUAGAAAAGAACUCUUUAGUAUUUUCAAAACAUUAUGAAUUUCAAAACAUUUACAAUUAAUUCAGUUUUCGCAUGAAUGAGAAUUUGAGCAUUUUAUUUUUUAUGAAUGUGGAAAUUACUAUCUGGUAUCUGGUACAAGAUGUUCUGUCAAGGAGAAAAAGUUUUUAUCAAUACCGGUACCCCAUAUAGUCAAUUUUUAUUUUUUUGUGCUUAACUGGUGUAGAUACUAAUUUGAAACCAUUUUAAAAUUACUUUUUAUUUUUUACUUUGUUUAUCAAGUUCCUACACAAAUCAUAGGCCUUAUCAGAGACAAUAUGACAGUUAUAUUAUUUUUGCUAUUGAUUAUGCUGUAUAUUAGUUUCUUUUACACACCAGUACAGGUACCAGUACCAGUAUUAUACUGAACUGGACCAUUCAUCAUUUAAAUACAAGUUCAAGUAGAGAUGUGUUAUUUUUGUAAAUGGUUUAGCCAAUUAAAGUCAUUAACAUUGCCUUUAGAGUAUUGUACAACCAAUUUGUUAUUUGAGUCAAAUGUUCAGUCUUAUUAAUGCUCUGUAACAAAGUGAUAGUUAAUCACAUUUACUUGAUGUAUGCAAAACCAUGAAAGAAAUAAAAACUUACACUUUGAUUGUUUUGUUUUUUUACACAUACGCAAUUUUUAUUUUUUCAGGUGGCCUAAAUUGAAAGUAACUAACAA